UAAUUCCAUUCCCUCAAAUCCACGGCAACGGUGACUCCUCCAACGGUUUGGGUUGGCUAUGGCUAUCUGUUGAAGCUCCAGAUUCAUGAAAUGCUGCCAAAAAUUAUGAAGCUUCCAUUUUGACUGAAUCCAUAUUGUAAUUUCACCACCAAUGGGUUACAGAUGCAUUCAAUGCGGGUGUCCCAUCAAAACACUUUAUGUUCAGUAUUCUCCAGGCAACAUUCGCUUGAUGAAAUGUGAGAAUUGCAAGGCUGUUGCAGACGAAUACAUAGAAUGUGAAAUCAUGAUUCUUGUAAUAGAUAUAAUACUACACAAACCCAAGGCCUAUAGACAUCUCCUCUACAAUGUCAUCAAUCAAGAAAACUUGAAAUUUCAGGGACUACUCUGGAAACUGGCUGUUAUUUUUCUUCUUUUUGAUGCUUACAAGUGUAUGAUCUUGGAAAGCAGCAAAGGCAAAUUGGGUUCAUCAAUGAGCUUCUCUUCAUUAGUAUCAAUAUGCUGUAAGAUGCUGAUGGAUGUCUUAUUUGGGAAUUUUAUGUUGCUUUUAACUUUCUUCUUUACAGUCAAGAUAUUUCUCCAUACAUCAAUCAGCAUCUCCAGGUGCAAUGACCUUCUGCUUGUACUCAUGAUUUCAGGUUACUUCAAGAUUUUUCUUAUUGCCAUGACGGUCUGGGAAUUUCCAUCUUCUGUGAUCUUCAUCAUUGAAUUAUUUUGUUUAUCAUCUAAUGCAGUGGCAUUGAAAGUGAUGACUGAGUCAAGUAUGAGUCGAUGUGUUUUGACCUGCUUCAGUGCAUAUACUAUAAAAUUUUUGGUUGGAUACUGGAGCACAUAUUGUUGGGGCAAUUGAUGCUAGGCUUGGAGUCAAAUGCC